AUGCAGCACCAAGUUGUGGUGAACCCUGGCAGUUCUGAGAGGGUCGUGGUCAACAACAAGGAGGUGGACCUCCAAAACCUGAAAGAGCUCAACGAUCUUCCAGACAGGCGCCGAGCAGGUCGGGCAGAAGAGAUCAGGCGUGGAGCGGCCUUCUUGCAGCAAGUACCAAGGUUCCCUGCGCAGAGAGCUUGUGUGGACUUUCCGUGGGCCGUUGUGUUCCUGCUGACUCUGGUUGCGCUGAUCCUCCUCGUGGCAGCAUCUGCUGGAAGGCUUCUCCAGGGUGAAAUGCCAUCCAGGCAUCUGUCAAGUUCCUAUGGCUUUGCCCCAAGUUAUGGAGGGCAAGCCAUGCCUGUGGACAAUGGUCCAGGCUAUGUGGGGCAAGCCAUGCCCGUGAACAAUGGUCCCAGCUAUGCGGGGCAAGUCAUGCCUGUGGACAAUGGUCCAGGCUACGUGGGGCGAGCCGGGCCCGUGGACAAUGGUCCAAGCUAUGCGGGCCAAGCCAUGCCUGUUGACAAUGGUCCAGGCUAUGUGGGGCGAGCCAUGCCCGUGGGCAAUGGUCCAAGCUAUGCAGGGCAAGCCAUGCUUGUGAACAAUGACAUCCGCAUGUCCAAGUCUGAAGCUGGUACGCUGUUGGUGACUGCGUCUCUGGCAUGUGUGGCUGGUGCUGCUGGGGGCUUGAUUUUGGCUUCCAUGUGGAUCAUGUUUGCCCAGGUCUGUGCCAGCACCAUCGUCUACUUCUCACUCUAUGCCAUUCCGAGUCUAUUUCUAGUGGCUGGCGUCCUGGUAGUGCUGGCUGGGAGUGUUCGCAGUGGCAUCAUGCUGUGCUUGGUUGGUGGCCUAUCACUGGCCUUUACGCUGAUGUGCUGGACUCGUUAUAUCCCUUUCACCAUUGAAGUUCUCCAAAUGGUUUCCACAGCCUUCAGUCAGAACUCAGAAAUGGUCGCCAUAUCUGCAGUUGGAGGUUUACUUGGGCCCGCUUGGUUCAUAUUGGUGGUACUGGGCUAUGCAGCUUGCCUCCUCAAUUCUUCAGGUGGAUCUGUCGGAGAUGGUUCGGCCGAACGUGCUGGUGGUUUGGGGUACCUCUUCAUCUUUGUGCUCACAUGGGGCAGUGGCGUGAUCCAGAAUGUGUGCCACGUGGCCUACUCCGGUGUCUUCAGCCGAUGGUACUUUGAGCAACGCGAGUCACCUCUUGCGAGCAGCCUCUAUGUGGCCACCGUCACAUCUUUUGGCAGCAUUUGCUUUGGCACCCUCAUCCUUGCUGCCGCGAAGACUGCAGAAGCUGGUGCCCGGGGUGUGAGACGUGAGGCCGAGGAGGAUGGCAACAUGGUUGCUUGUGUGAUAGCCCUCGUCGUGGAGUGCGCCAUUGCAUGCAUUGGAGAUCUCGUGGACUAUUUGUCUCAGUGGGUCUUUGUGAUGUGUGCCCUACGUGGAGGCUCCUUUUGUGACUCUGCCCGCGGUACUUGUGCCCUGUUUUCUUGCGCAGGGAUGAAGGCCGUCAUUGGAGACCUUUUGAUUGACCGCGUGGAGACCUUGGGAUGUCUGUUGGCCGCCCUGGGCGGCAUGGGCCUCGCUGCUUUAGCCGCGCUCGCGGGCGCGUCUCCAGCUGGCAGCAUGUCACGUGCAGAUGUGAUCGGCCUAUGUGCUAUGCUGGGGCUUUUAAGUGCCCUUGUCUCUGGUGCAGGAGUUAUGGCAGUCCUGAGCAGUGGGACCAAGGCCAUCUUGAUGUGUUGGGCAGAGGAUCCAGAUCGCCUGCAUGAACGUGGCUUCGAGGAUUUGCAUGUAGAGCUCAAGUCCAAAGCCCGUGAAUUCAACGGGUUUGUUGAAAACAAACCCCAGACGCCGCAGAUGUCGCAGACGCCGCAGACGCGUCGUUUCUUCCUUUGGUAA